CCUGUGUUAUCAUUUCCGCUGUGAAACAGAGCAGUCUGUUUAGAUCUGUUUACAAACUUCAGCUUUAAACAGUAAAUCCCUCACAUUAUGUCCCGAGGAUCGAGUGCAGGUUUUGAUCGGCACAUCACCAUCUUCUCUCCAGAGGGGAGACUCUAUCAAGUCGAAUAUGCAUUCAAAGCCAUAAACCAAGGAGGUCUCACAUCAGUAGCUGUCCGAGGGAAAGACUGCGCAGUUGUCAUUACUCAAAGGAAAGUUCCAGAUAAGCUUCUCGAUGCAUCCACCGUUACUCAUUUAUUCAGAAUAACAGAAAACAUUGGCUGUGUGAUGUCGGGCAUGACGGCCGACAGCAGGUCUCAGGUGCAGAGAGCGCGGUACGAGGCGGCUAACUGGAAAUAUAAAUACGGCUAUGAGAUCCCAGUAGACAUGCUGUGUAAGCGUAUCGCUGACAUCUCACAGGUGUACACACAGAACGCAGAGAUGAGACCGCUGGGUUGCUGUAUGAUUGUGGUUGGAAUCGAUGAGGAGCUGGGGCCACAAGUCUACAAAUGUGACCCCGCAGGCUACUACUGUGGCUUCAAGGCCACGUCUGCCGGGGUGAAACAAACAGAAGCCACAAGCUUCCUGGAGAAGAAAGUAAAGAAGAAAUUGGAUUGGACCUUUGACCAAACAGUAGAGACUGCAAUAAGCUGCUUGACUACAGUUCUGGCAAUCGACUUCAAACCGUCAGAGCUGGAGAUCGGGGUUGUGACCACAGAAGAUCCCAGGUUCAGAAUUUUGUCAGAGUCUGAGAUUGACACCCACCUUGUGUCCCUCACUGAACGAGACUGAGAAUCUCUAUGUUGGUCUUGUGACAUGUUUAAGAAUAACUACCAUAUGCCCUGAAUGUUCAGGUCAAUGGAUGUUUUUUGCUGUUUAUUUAGCUUUUUUUCUGCAACAGAAAAAUAAAAACAUGUUUU